AUGAUGCUUGGAGCAGUUAAAAUGGAAGGACACGAACACACCGACUGGAGCACCUACUACGCAGAGCCCGAGUGUUACACCUCUGUUGGCAACAUGAACGCCGGCCUGGGCAUGAACACGAUGAACACCUACAUGAGCAUGUCCGGCAUGAGCACCUCGGCCAACAUGUCGGCCAACUCCAUGAACAUGUCUUAUGUCAACACGGCCAUGAGCCCCACCAUGACCGGGAUGUCCCCCGGCGCCGGCGCCAUGAACGGCAUGGGAGCCGCCGGCAUGACGGCCAUGAGCGCGGCCCUCAGCCCCAGCAUGAGCCCAAUGACCGGACAGCCCGCCUCCAUGAACGCCCUAACGUCUUACACCAACAUGAACGCCAUGAGUCCCAUCUACGGCCAGUCCAACAUCAACCGCUCCAGGGACCCGAAGACUUACCGGAGGAGCUACACGCACGCUAAGCCGCCUUACUCAUACAUCUCCCUCAUCACCAUGGCCAUCCAACAAUCACCCAGUAAAAUGCUGACUCUGGCUGAAAUCUACCAGUGGAUAAUGGACCUAUUCCCCUUUUACCGGCAGAAUCAGCAGCGUUGGCAGAACUCAAUCCGCCACUCGCUCUCCUUCAAUGACUGCUUCCUCAAAGUGCCCAGGUCGCCGGAUAAACCCGGAAAAGGCUCCUUUUGGACUCUGCACCCAGACUCGGGGAACAUGUUCGAGAACGGCUGCUACCUGCGCCGCCAGAAGCGCUUCAAGUGCGACAAGAAGAUGUCCGGCGUAAAGGAGUCCGGACGGGGCAAGGUGGGCGGCGACGGCUCGUCCCACAGCAGCUCCGAGAGCUGCAACGGCAACGAGUCGCCUCACUCCAACUCGUCCGCGGGCGAGCACAAAAGAGCCAUGUCGGACUUGAAGGCGACCGCCGCUGCCGCCGCCGCUGCCGCAGCCGCCGCCUCGUCCAUCUCGUCUCCGGUGACCCAGGGCCAACACCUCCUUUCCCAGCAUCAUUCGGUCCUGCAGGCCCACGACCCGCACCUGAAGCCGGAGCACCACUACUCAUUUAACCACCCGUUCUCCAUCAACAACCUCAUGUCGUCGGAGCAGCAGCACCACCAUCAUCAUCAUCACCACCACCACAAAAUGGACCUAAAGACUUAUGAACAGGUGAUGCAUUACUCGGGUUACGGCUCACCCAUGACCGGGGCCCUCUCCAUGGGUUCCAUGGCGGGGAAAGCGGGCCUGGAUUCCUCCUCCAUACCUGACUCCUCUUAUUAUCAAGGAGUCUAUUCCAGGCCCAUCAUGAACUCGUCAUAA